AUGGAAACAAGUGGACGCUUUCAUUCCGAGGAAAAAAGGACAAUCACGACGGAAGAAUUGAUGUUGAUUACGUAUGACGAGGUAAUGGCGGAGACAAAACAACUGAUGGUUGUUGCGUGUCAAGAAUUGCGGUAUCGAGCACUGAAUAUUCCAGUGAAGGCCAUUGCUGCUGAUCUUGGAGAGGCUCAUUUUUGUAUUCUUGAAGCUGUGGGUCACGCUCGUGUCCAGGGGAUCACUGUAACGACGCUGGUUAAAUUGCUACGAGGUGGUACAGUCAAGAGACUGCACAAUUGUCUCGAUACAUUGAUUUCAUACGGUUUAGUGGUCAAAAGGAUGAUGAUUGUCGCACGUCCAAUAAUGCGACGGUUGAAUAUCAUUCAUUUGCCGCGGUUUGCAGCGGAAUUCAAACCACAAAUGUUUGACGAGUCGGCAGAUUUUGAGUCUGAUGAGCAGAGCAAAAAGAUUCUGUGUGCAGCAGCAGAAACGUAUCUGAGAGGACUGCCGACGCGUUCGUCGGUGCUGUCAGAUCUUGGACGUGAUCUAAGUUUACACAAGCGGCAUCUAGAGGUGCUACGCUCACAUAUUAUGCAGGAGUGUAAGGUGGAUGAGAACUUCCCGUUAGAGUUGUUUCAGGCUGUAUUGCAGCCGUCGCGACGUGCCAGUCUCGAACCGAAGAUCUUAAAUUGCGUGCGAUACAAGCCGCCAAACACCCAAAGGAACUUGACUUGUCGUCGAGGUAUUGUAUUGGAGCUCGGGUUGCUUCGCCAGAUCUAUGGGAUCAUUGAAGACAGUGCCGAGAAUGGCACCACAAUUAUCGACCUGCGUAACCGAAUUGUGCUUCCUGGAAGCAAGCUGCCGUAUAAGUUAGUGGGCGUGCUGGCGGGGAUGUACAGCCUGAAAGCCGAGUCUAUCAUUCUGGGAAAGAAUAAAGCUUUUCGAUUGUACCUGGACUCGAUGGCACCUGGCAACAAGUCCCUUUCUUCAGCAGAUGUAGCAGAUAGCACCUUGUCACUGUCGACCCACUCGAAAGAACAUCGCAGAGUAGACGAGGAGUCAGUUACUGGGGUGAAUGCAGAACGAACAUAUACCGUUCGAACCAACAAGGCACUAAAAGUGGCACUUGAAGGCGCAGAAGUUGAUGGCACCAGUGAUCGACGUCGCGAGCACAUCUUGGAGCGGCUCGGUGACGAAAAGAUUAUUAGUUUAUCGUCGCUGUGUGCCAGCGUAUUCAGCAUGGAGAAGCAGCGUGCGGAAACGAAUGUGUUAUUGAAUUCAUCCAACUUAAGUGGCGAGCCCACUGUAUUUAACAAGGGGAGCAGUUUAAUAUCCCCUGCUGCCGUGGGGAAAGUCGACACUCGGUCAAUUUACCGCAUUGCAACAGAACUGGAAAUCGCCAAAAAGUUACGACUGUUGCAGCUUCCAUUGCCGGCUCGUAAUGUCUCGACUAAAUUCCGUGCGCUCCGUUGUGUUGUUGCUCCAGGGUAUGAGCACAACGAUAUGUUCCUACAAGGCUUUGUGAAGAACUAUUGUCGAGAUGAGCGUUUGCGGCGCAUCCACCGGAAUGCUGGAUAA